CAUCGUUAAUUGGCUGUUUUGAUGGAAGAAGUUAGCUAGUUAAACGAGAUGUUAAUGUUAAAAGGAAAAGAACUGAGCACUUUUACAGAUGUGAGCCCUAAUAAUGAGAAGAUCGAUGUUUCCAAUAACCUGUUGAAAGAUCUCAAUGGAAUAGAGUCUUGCCAGGAGAAACUUUCUUGGCUAAACGCAUCACAUAAUCAACUUGAAAGUAUAAAACAUCUAAAAGUAUGCACAAAAUUGAAUGUGUUGAAUCUUGGCUACAAUAAGAUUCAUAGUACGAAUCAUUUAAAGAAACUCAGAGAACUCAAAGCAUUGAUUGUUAACAACAAUAAGUUGGAAAAGCUAGAAGGUUUGAACAUGUUAAAGGAACUAAACACUUUAGUGGUCUCUGGAAAUCAGCUGGACACACUUGAUAUUUCAUCAUUAAGCAAACUUCAAAAAUUAUCAGCUUCUCAUAACAAUUUGGAGGAGUUUCCAAAUUUACAGUUUUUAAAAGAUGUCAAAGACUUAAAGUUAAACAACAACAAAAUAAAACUAAUCCCGGAUUGGCUAGCAAACUGUAAAAGAAUAAAAGUAUUGGAUAUUGGUAACAACAAGCUGGCAGAUUUUCAAUCUAUAGAUGUCCUUCGAAAGUUACCUUUACUGGAGAAUUUGAACUUGAAAGGUAAUCCGCUGUGUGAAAAAGAAGAAUAUCAUAUUAAGAUGAAAGAGUUAUUUCCAAAUUUGAAGUUGUUGGAUUAUAAGAAACUGUCCGAUCUCUAUUUCAAAGCUAUCGAUGCAAAAGCAAAGAAAAAAGCCAAUUAUAAAAGUGAAUCAAAGAAGGAGUGUAAUAAAAACACCGACGAAGGAGAGUCUAAUAAAAAGGAGGUUAAAGCAACCCCCUUGACUAAUCGUGGUUUUAAGUCGGAGAAAUUUAAGCAAGAUGUUGGCGAUGAUGUCAGCAACGCUGUUAAAGGGCGGGAAAAUAAAGUUCGGAAGAAAAAGAGAAGGAAUGACAUUCAGGAAGCAGUUAAAUCAAAUAAGAGAAAAACAAGCAGAAAACAAAUAGACGACGAAGAAAAUACAAUUAUCGAUCAUUCUGACAAAUCAGAAGAAAAAGCAAAAAAGGGGAGUGUUUUUAAUAAACUCUCCUCCGAUGGUGGAGAAAAAAUGGAGAGUGAUGAAAAUGAUGACAUUGUAAGUAGGAGGAUUUUUUGUAAAGAAAGUAAAAAAGAUGUUCUAACUGAUGAAGUAGAAGAUGCGAGUGCGCGCAAGAAAGAAAAGAAAAUGAAGAAGGGUAAGAAAGGAGAGAUUGGAACUAAAAAAAUGAAAAAACAACGUUCAGGUGUUGUUGCUGUGAAGACUGUCAAGCAAUUAUCUAGAAAACAGAAACCUGAUGUAUGGUCGCAUAAUAUUAGUUCAAAGGAUGUUUCUUUUGGAGGUGGAGAGAUUUGUAGUUGGUGACAUGCUUUUUAUACUUUAUUCUUUUUUAAUUCACAAAUAUCUGCUUUGCUACACACCUUGUUAAGUAUAAAUAACAAAAAAACAAAACAAUCUAGCCCAAGGCUCCUUGUUGUUUGUCUGGCCUUAUUUAGUCAGAUUGAUUAUCGACUUCCUAAUUAAUCAAGUCUAUAUCAUCUGGAGAGUUUUUCCAUCAUAUCUCAUAUAAACAUCAUAUUAAAAAUACCCACUUUCUGUCUGUUUGUGGAGGAGAAAAAAUGGCGUCCUGUUGAAGUACAGGCGACCCCGAUUUUUUCACGGGUUAAAAUUUAUAGCUUGUAUUCUUUUAAUUUUACGCAAGUUUUCAGACUCCAGGGGAUUAAAUCGAAAAAACAGAACCCCCUGUCCAUGUAUAUUUUUUUGUUCAUAUGUUGAAAAGACAAGGAUGUGGAAAAUAACGACAGGUGAUCCGUCGUUAUCGUUUGUACGCGUUACGCCAGUUACUAUUAUAUACGUGUGCUUUCACAUAUAUUUUCAAAUACAGUAGACCCCCGGUUAUUCGAAGGUCCACGGGGGAUAGGAAUUUACUUCGAAUAACCGAAAUUUCGAAUAACAGAAAAUUUUCUUAUUUUGGUCCAAUUUUCACUCUGAUGGAAUUUUUGGAGGGAUUUGAAUAAAAAGGUAGUCAUAUCAAGUUUCUACUCUACAGUUUUAAACGCAACGAGUGUUUCAAACGUUAAAAUAUACGAAUAUAAUGUUUACUUAAAACAAAUAUCGACAAUAACCAUUCUUCAUAUCUAUAUUCUUAUGAAGUAUUUGUGAAAUAGAUUUCAAUAAAAGUUUGCUUUUUGCCCUCGGUAAAGUGCUGGUUACAUUUGUUGGUUAUCGCGUGUUUUACUUCCUAAGAUCAGAUCCAUUAAAUAGUUGUUUUGUGAAAGUCACAGGUAAGGCGAUAAAUAUAGGUGAUGACAAAGGAAUGCGAAUCCCUUGUUUGCUUGGAUUUUCUGGAAAUGGUGAAAGCAUUCAACUUUUAAAAAACCACUUCGAAUAAACGAAUUUUCGAAUAACUGAAGUUUGAAUAACUGAGAGAGAUUUACUCUAAAACGAGUUAGAAAAUUUAAGGCGAAUGAAAAUCGCUUAAUAACCGAGAAUUUCGAAUAAGUGCAGGUUUGAAUAACCGGGAGUCUACUGUACUUAGUCGUUUUCAUGUGACCUCAUUUUACCGCCAUCGCAAACUCCAGGUUGUGAAAUGGAAAAUUUUAAUUUAUGCGGUUAUACUCUUUAUACUCAGUAAAUUUCUGACCUACGGCUCGCUGUUCUUAUUUUUCUAGCCUUUAUAGCUAUAUAUUUGUUCUUUUUGUGAGCUUUUUUUAACAUUCUUUAUUAUUAUGUUCUUAUAUGAAUUUUUUGCUGCAUAAACAAUCGGGCCAGAAGAGAAAACUUGAAAAUAAUUUCCGUCCUGGAUUGUUCUUAUUUUAUAGGAAAAUUAGAUUUAAAAACAGUGAUUUGAGCCCAAGGGUUUUUUAAUUUUGUUUUUGUCUCGGGAAUGGUCGGCUUGAUAAAGUUAUCGAAAACAUUUGAGCCCAUGUACACACGUUUUCUUUUCAUUAAAAAGUUAACUUCCUCUGGUACCUAAGUUGUUAAACAAUUGCUUUAACAGCGUUCAUGUUAAAAGUGCGUCUCGUUAGUAAAAAUUAGUUUUUGGUGCAGAUUAUGACCUCAUUAUAACAGUUGGGCUACUGUAUCAAGUUUAUUGAAUUCACAUUUCCAAACUAUGGGAUCAUCAAAAGGCAGGCUUGAUAAUAAGACAAUUUGCGUCUUCUACUUGCUCCGGCAAAUGUAUUUUUAACUUUUAUUAGCAUUUUAAAUGAAUUCUUAUUUACCCGGCGAAAUAUCUCUCUCUCGGUACGUGGAUACACUAUGGGUGACUGUCACGUUUUUAUUCUGGUCGUUUCUUAAGAUAAAAGUAAUCCGCAAAUUAUUCUAAUGGAUUUUCUUUGCUGAUAUAUUAUUCGUUUCACUUACUUGCAAAUUCUGUUCUUGUCUAAUUCUUUCAAUAUUCUUUACACUUAAGUUGCCUAGAAAUGAUGCUCGUCCCCACCCCUUCUUUUUUACCAAUAUCAAUUCCAAUAUUUAAGGUUAAAAAAAAGAGUCCUGAGACAAUUUCGCCCGAUUGGGUAGAAAAUUUUGCGAAACCAUGCAAGUUUGUGUCACAAAAUCUCAUUGUCGUUUUGAUAAUUAAAAAUAAUAUGCGAACUAUGAACAAAAAGAUGACAUGGCUUUUCUUUUCCGAAAUAUGUACGCGCGUUACCCAUGGCAACAACAAUACCAGGUUUUUAUGAAGUCAAGUUUUUAUUAAAUAAAUUUUAAGGAACUCAUUUUCGGGGCUUUUUUUUAUAGCAACGCCAAAAUUCUAACUAACCUGGUCCUUAUUUUUAUUUCUUUAUUUUAAUUCGGGCAUAUGACUUCACAAUAAAAAUAAGUACGAGAAGUUUGAUUGAUGUUUUGUUUAUUAUUAUCAAUGUAAAUUGUUACAUUUAUCUUACAAGUUUUUUAAAUAUAAUUUUCAACAACUACAUAAUACACAGAGGAUGAGAAAACAAUAAUAAAAUAAUUUAAAAUGUAACAAAGUAAGUCCGUAACUCUCAUACCGCUGCUC